CCUUGAUAAAUUUAAAUGGAUCUGGUCUUUCCGAUCCGAACCCAUUGCAAGACAGACCCUAUGGGUGGGAAAUUUCGAAUUCACCGAAAUACCCUCCCAAGCCCGCGGUAUAAGAUGGCUUGUUAGGGUUCGCUCUCCUCCCCUUGCGAUUCCAAGAACCCCGCCGCUCGGAGCCGAGAGAGAGUGAGAAAGAGGGAGAAGAGAGCGAGGAGAGCCCAAGGCUUUCGAUCAAGAUGGGGAAGACUCGUGGGAUGGGAGCUGCUCGCAAGCUCAAAACUCACAGGAGGCGGCAAAGAUGGGCAGACAAAGCAUACAAGAAGAGCCAUCUUGGCAAUGAGUGGAAGAAGCCCUUUGCUGGUUCUUCACAUGCCAAGGGCAUUGUCCUUGAAAAGAUCGGCAUCGAAGCCAAGCAGCCCAACUCUGCCAUCCGAAAGUGUGCCAGAGUUCAGCUUAUAAAGAAUGGGAAGAAAAUUGCAGCCUUUGUGCCAAAUGAUGGUUGCUUAAACUACAUCGAAGAAAAUGAUGAAGUGUUGAUUGCUGGGUUUGGACGGAAGGGGCAUGCUGUUGGUGAUAUUCCUGGAGUAAGGUUCAAGGUUGUGAAGGUUUCUGGUGUGUCACUACUGGCACUCUUCAAGGAGAAGAAAGAGAAGCCUCGGUCUUAAAUUUCAUCCUCGGAUGUGAACCAAGCUUAUGUUCUGUCUCUAUCUUCGUUACUUUCACUCUGUAGGCCAGUUUUCUUUCGACAUUCAGUUGAGAAGUUUAGUAGACUGCUAAGCAGAUUUUUCUUUGUUAUGCUGUGUUUUUGGCUGCACUUGCAACCUAUUUGGCCAUCAAAUUUACUACAUGAGUGCCUAUUUUGUAGCAUGAUCUUGCCUUGCUUAUUUCUGCGAUUUUGGUUGAUGUGAUGGGCUCGUCAUUGCAUUAAGUUCAAUAAUUGCUAAUUCAGCUCUGUUAUUGUA